ACUGCUGAAAUCAUCAGACAAAUGAGAGAGUGGGGUUUAAAACGAACGCCCAGAGACCACAAACGGCACCAUGCCACCGAAACCAGUCUCGCAAACCCAUACUUACAACCAGACAGCAAAUGGAGUUUCGUCAUCGUCCGCACAGCCUAUGGUCCUUCCAAUGAUGAGCUAUGGGCACAGUUCCUCGAAAUCCUUCGUACCAGAGUCGAAUAUAGCUUACAAGUGGAUGAUGAACUAGACCUGCUCCCGCACCACGAGAUUACAAUUAUUGAAGAUGGAGCAACACUUUGUAGCGCAGAUUCGUACACCGCACGCCGCGCAUUUCGUGCGUGGGUAGCCAAUGACUUACCCCAACAGCUUCGCGGCGAGUGCCUGGAGGAACUGGGCGGACUCGCGCAGAUUCUUACUACGGACUGGGAGCUAGAAGAAGAAGUAGACGUCCCUCACAUGCAUAUUAGUAGGGAUUGGGAGGGCGGCGAGACGGAUGAUGUUUCUGAAGAGGUUGGGUGGAUGUACAUGGAAACAACAGAGUAUGUUGACAUGUACGAUCGUUUGACUGGUGCGUUCGCUUGGCACGAGCAUUACCAGCGGCCGCACAGAAACUGGAUCGAGAAUUCUAGUCAAUAUAUUGAGUGGGGUCGAUGA